UGGGGGUAUCGGGUUUACAUGCCGCCAGCCCCGCAAAUUCCGCUAUGUUGCAGUACCCUCCCGAGUCCUGCACGAUUACCACUGCCUAGAGCUGUGUGGAUCGUUCUAUCAGCGGCGUAAAAGGAUCGCUCGCCGGCCUUCGAGGGACGUGAGUAACCAUCUGAUCACCAGUAAUCUGAUUAGUACGUUGCUAUCAUGCUGCAUCAGGGCCACGGGCGAAGGCGUGUGCAAAAGCAAGCCGGCGACGGGCAGCCAAACCGUCGGAAACGCCUCGCCGACCUGCUGCUGCUGCGAGUAAAACUCGGCACCAGCAUCCCUACGCAGAGUGCCAGGGUCUACGGAAAACACAGCACUCACUCUACCUCGUUGCUCCGCUGCAUUCACCACCCAUCAAUUCGGCCGCGCGCGGGCGGGCGAGGUGUGCAGCGAAAACGCCCGCACGAUCAAUGUCGCCGCGUUCCCAUGGUGAGGCAGGUGAGCCCGUCGCGUCUCGUAACCCCCCGGAAAGUGAGACACAGGCACACAGCCUCACGCACGGGUACAAAAAUGCUGCGAGGAAACGGAUCGGUAAGGCAUGCGCAUGCGCCAACACUGCCGCGGCGCUGUGCCGACCGGGUGAGCCGAGCCGGCAGCGCUAGACGAUGGCCAAGCUCCAGGGCGCGCUCUGGUGCCUCCUCCUGGCGCUGGCGGUCUCCCUGCUGCCGGCUCCCGCCGCGGCGGAGUGCGACUGCUCGGAGGACGCCGCGGGGCGGGACAAGGCGCGGGCGCUGCGGCUGAAGGUGGUGGCCAUCUUCUGCAUCCUCGCGGGGGGCGCGGCGGGGGCCGCGGUGCCCGCGCUGGGCCGCCGGGUCCCCGCGCUGCGGCCGGGCACGGGACUGUUCCGUGCCGUCAAGGCCUUCGCGGGCGGGGUCAUCCUCGCAACGGGGCUGGUGCACAUCCUGCCCGCGGCCUUCGACGCGCUGGGCUCGCCGUGCCUCGCGGAUACCGGGCCGUGGAGGAGGUUCCCGUUCGCCGGGAUGGUCGCCAUGCUCGCCGCGAUCGCCACGCUCGUCGUGGACACCAUCGCCACGGGGUACUUCCGCCGCACGGUCGCCAGGAAGGCCGCGGCCGUCGUCGACGAGCCGCCGGCGGAGCCCGGGCGGUGCGGGGACGGGGACCUGGAGGGGGCCGCCGACGGGCACCACGGGCACGCGCACGGGAUGUCCGUGCUGGCACCCGCGCCGCCGGCCGCCGGCGACGACCUCGUGCGCCACCGCGUCGUCUCUCAUGUGCUGGAGCUGGGCGUGGUGGUGCACUCGCUGAUCAUCGGGAUGUCGCUGGGCGCCUCGGAUUUCCCCAGCACGGUGCGGCCGCUCGUGCCGGCGCUGACGUUCCACCAGCUCUUCGAGGGCAUCGGCCUCGGCGGGUGCAUUGUCCAGGCCAAGUUUCGCCUCAAAUCCGUGGUGGCGAUGGCGCUCUUCUUCUCGGUGACGACCCCGGCCGGCGUGGCCAUCGGCAUCGCGAUAUCGUCCGUGUACGACGAGACCAGCCCGACGGCGCUGGUCGUGCAGGGGCUCCUCGAGGCCGCGGCGGCCGGGAUCCUGGUGUACAUGGCGCUGGUGGACAUCCUCGCCGAGGAGUUCAUGAGCGCCAGGGUGCAGAGCAGGGCGCGGCUGCAGCUCGCGCUGAACGCCUCGCUGCUGCUCGGGGCUGGCUUGAUGUCCAUGCUAGCCAUCUGGGCCUGACCGCGACGUAAUGAGCUUACGAAGCCGCAGGCGUUUUGUUUACUCCAUCAUCUGAGAACGAAGCGAGAGUAGUAGAUAGAGUUUUUUUUUUAAAAUGGAAUAGUAGAUAGCAUAUUUCUUAGGCUGAGAUUGCAAGGAUGUGAUGAUGACACAGGUUAGGAGUCAGCCUCACGCUCAAGCUGCCUGGAUUGCUUAGAAUCUGCGUGGUGUUGGCGAGUAUCAGGCCAGACCACCCACUGGCUACAGGCCACGUUAUACGAAUCUCCAUCUCAAAAUCACUCGACAACUUGCAACCGACGCAAAUUUUCUCA